AUGAACAGUUUUGCAUCAGAAGCGCCAUCACUAAACCCAUUGCCUGACCUUAUACUUUCUUUAGAGCAAGCAACCCUCAUGGCUAAACAAAUCCCGUCCACCAAUCACCCAGACCAACUCGUCCAAAUCUACUCCUCCCUCCAUCUAGCCCACCAACAUCUCUCUUCAUUAAUUUCCCAAACCCAAUUCUCUCUCUUCCCUCCUCCAUCCCUUGACGACAGGGACAAGCCCAUGCAAGUAGGCCAUGGUGAUUAUGAAGCUGGAGCUGAUGAGAAUUCUAACACAACAAUUGACAAGGUGGAGGAGAAGAUGAGGGAUUGUUCUAUCAAGAAUAGGAAGCCCAAGCGGCCGCUUUCGCCAUCGUCCAUGGCAGAGGAAAGAAGGUUACUUGAGGAUAGGGAUGCUAGAGAAAUAAACGGUUUGGAUCCUUAUGGAACCAGAUUAAGGGCAUUGGAUCUUGUCUACCAAUUUCAUGGCUGA